AUGGCCGCACUGGUGGACAACAGGUCCAUCAAAGACACCCACGACCGCGACUCGCGUCGCGCCACGCCCAAGCUCAAGCCUGAAUUCAAUGGCGAGUCGUUCUCAGGAACUUUGAGAACGACAACGGUGGUAGUCGAAGGACUACUGAUCGAAGGGGCCGAGGGGUGGGUUGGGGAGAGACGGUUGGUGCCCGGGAGAGAGGUCGGCCUCCAUGGCGUGCACUACACUGGCAUUGGCACCAACUCUUUCUGGUCGCACGUCGGCUUUCAAAACCAGCAAAGUGGCGAAUAUGAUCGAUCUCGUUCGUUCACUGCGGGUGGAGCAGAUCCUAACUUUGACCGUCGUGAUAAGGACUCGGACAGCCAAUCUUGGACUCCAGAUCCACGAUGGCACCGAUGGACUAUUGGAGUUGCUGGUGGGAGUGGUUUUGACAUCGAGCGUCUAGGUUUUCCCCGGCUCUAG